UAGCGCUCUGGGGCGACAAGAAGGAGUGGACGAAGGAGGAGCUGGUGUCGCAGCUCAAACCCAUGUGUGAGUCCCUGGGCCGUGUGCCCCGAGGAGCCCACCAGCGCCCAUCACACCACCAGAUGCAUCCCUUUUCCUCGACCGGUGUGUCUUACCUCCAACUUCCGUCUUUCUUCUAUCUCUCUCUUUUUCUUUUUCCUUUUAUUUUUAUUCCGUUGCAUUCCUUAUUUCGUUUUACUUUAUUAUUUUCUUUUUUUAAUUCUGAUAAUCUACUGAUGCCUCGUAAACCUUGUAUUUGCGGUACAGUUAUUUAUUUUAUUUUUAUUGCAACUAUAUAUAUCACAGUAAAAGCCAUUUUUCAUCACCAUAUGUUGUUUAAAGUUUCCUUGGCAUAAAUUGUCAGCCUUAACAUUAGGCGCUUUCUUACAUAACGCGCAGUUCGUAAUCUUACCUCACGGCUUACCUUACCUGUUACGUAAGGGGGGCGCCUUCCAGCCUGGAAGCUCGCCUGGAGGCAGGCUCGCCUGGAGGCCGGGCGAGCGUGCAACCUUAGUGGGUCCGCUUCCUCAGUAGAAAGCUUCUUGAACUUAGAAUGACGCUGAUGACCGAUGGUUGGCGUCCACGUGACAACGAGAAGGGUGGCUCGCGAGUGUUCCAUUGACACUUUGACCAAUGGUCACCUUUUGUCUCAUCGACUCUAUCUCUGUAGAUUUGGAGCUUUGCGUCGAUUUGAAUCGUGCGAGUAAGCGUCUGAAGAGACAUUUAUUGAGUACUACCUUAGCGCAUUUGAAUCUCUACUUUGAAGUAAUGUAAAAGUGUACGGUGAACGCAGUUCUUCCCUCUUGCUUCAUUCGAGUGAUGUCCUGUCGGUGUGCUUCGAACGGUGAGUCAUCUCGAAUAUAACUUCACGUCGAGGGUGCCUCCGAAAGAGAUCAGCUGGUUAUUUGAGUUGCCAGCAAGACGUUUUCAUUUAUUUUAUUUUUUUAUCUAAUCUCUAGGGCCAGCAAAGGCCGAUCUUUCCCUGUAACUGUAGGUCGUAGUUCGCUCGUGUUCCUUCCGUGAAGGUGGUCUGUUUUCUUUCAAUCUACAUGUGACCCGUCAGCCCCACCCCUCCUCGCGUUCAAACAUAAUGACAGAAAUACAUAUGUAGGCUGGGGCAUUGCUAUUCUUGUCUGUCUUUUCCCUCUUAUUCUUUUCUUUUAUUUUCGUCUUUCUGUCUCCUUCUUUUCCCUACUCCCGUACUCUCGUAUUCCCCACUGUCCCUCUUCGAUAUACGCCAACAAACAGAAACAUCGUACAGAAAUCAAUAUCCACAUUCGAGUAAACAAGAAGGAACGAAAAGUUACACACGCCACAGUUUACAGCGAGGACGAGCCGGAUCACAACAACGAGCUUGAAAUAUCGACCGCCGAGACGGUGGAGUCCAUCGUGACGCAGCUGAUGGAGCGGCAGCGCGCGGCGCGCGCCGCCACGCUGUCCAAGCAGCUGGAGUGCGGCUGCCCGGACUCGACGUGCGCCGACGGCAAGACGUGCUCGCACCCGAUCCGCCGCAUCACGGCGGCCAAGCCGCAGCUCAUCACCCUGGACCGCAGCAACCAGGUGUCGUCCACGACGGGCUCGUCCAUCAUCGCGCAGCGGCACCACGCGGCCCAGCACGCCGCGCAGCACACGGCGCACCAGAUCCACCUGUCGGAGGCGCACCAGCAGCGCCAGCAGCACCAGCUGCAGCAGCACCACCAGGCCGCGGCCCAGCUCGUCCACCACCAGCACCAGCAGCACCAGCAGCAGCACGGCCAGCAGCAGCAGUCGGCGCCGCCGCUCGUGCUGAGCCUCAGCCAGAUCCAGACGAGCAGCCUGCUCAUCCUCAACAACGCGGCCAACGGCCAGGCCAACCUCGGCCCGGCCUCGGCCCACCAGGUGGCCACCGUCACGUCGUUCGUGCGGAACGUGCCGGCCGUGCCCGGCCUCCACCCGCACCACCCGCACCACAACCACCACCACCUGGUGCAGCAGAUCAAGCCGGCUGCGGCCGCCGCCGUGGCCGAGGCGGCGGGGCUGGCCAACAAAGCGGUCGUGUCGGAGGCCUCGGCCGCCGCCUCCACGUCGACCUCGCUCCUCAUGAAGCAGGAGCAGGAGAGCAUGGAGAUGAACACGUGCCGCAUGGCUGCCAUGACGGCCGUGAGCCAGAGCAGCAGCACGGUGGUCAGCGUCACCAGCUCGGCCUGCAACAUGGAUGUCACCAAUGGCAACAUAGCAGAUUUCGUUAUGUAUGACAACAUUGGAUUCAGUCAGGAAACUCAACACCUUCAGGUUGUAAGUAGUGCUACCAAUCAGCAGGCUAUUCAUGUGGCAAAGCAAACGAGUAGCCCCCCUUCUCCUUCCAAGCAAAUGGACACCAGUCCCGAUUUGCUUGAAGCUCAGCAAUCCUUCUGUGAUGAGGUUGUAGGAAAUAAUAGUUGUGGUAACAAGUCAAAUGGGAAUAAUGGAACAAACAGCAGUAGUGAUGCAAGUAGCUCAGCUGGAUUCUUUGAUGCACUCGAGAUGACCCAAGAAGAUAUUCAGCGAACACUGUCAGCAAAUAUGCCAAUGUCAUGCUCAUCUGAUCAAAGGUUACACACGCCAAUGGAUACAGUGACUUCAGUUCAAGAAACGAGCCCUGAUGAGAUGUCCCCUCAUGACAUUAACCCCAUGGACUUUAUUGAAGGCUGUGAGGUGGUGUCAGGAUCCGCUGAUGAUGAGGAUGUUUUUGUAAAUCUAGAUGCUUUCGAUAUGCUGGGCGACUUUGUGGAUAUGGAUGGCCUAGAUAAUACAGCUGAAAAUUCAUCUCAAAGUUCACGUUUGAUGGUAAAUUCUGAAAAUUCAGAAUCUCCGUCGGCUGCUAGCAUGGACCAUAGCCAUCAACAUGCACAAUCUCAGUAUCAGGAGCAUCCUCUACUUGACAUUAAACCAGAACAUGAUGCCGUCCUUAGUCAAUUAAAGCAAGAAGAGGAUCAUAGCCCAUCAGAAGAUAACCAGGACUCACAGCAGCAGCAGCAGCAACAACAACAGCAGCAUCAGCAACAAAUGCACCAACAGGAACACCAGCAACAGCAUGUGCAACAUGUUCAUGAACAUCACAUGAAUGGGAAUAAUAGUAAUGAAACUGGCCUCCCCUCUGUUGAAAUUACAGAAUACUCACCCGAAUGGGCAUAUCCUGAGGGUGGCGUUAAAGUCCUGGUUACUGGCCCUUGGUAUUCGUCAUCCCCUUACACCGUUCUUUUCGACUCCCUUCCUGUACCAACAACUCUAGUUCAAGAGGGAGUUCUGCGGUGCUAUUGUCCUGCUCAUGAGGUGGGACUAGCAACACUUCAAGUUGCCUGUGAUGGUCAAAUUGUUUCAAACUCAGUCAUGUUUGAAUACAAAGAACCUCCCAAGUCUCCGGUUGAAACAUUGGGAACUGCACUUCAAGAUCAUAAGCGUGAUACAGCUGACUCCAAUUCUUUGCUCAAACUCACCUUACUUCAUAGACUGGAGACAGUUAAUCAGCGGCUUCACAUCAAACAAGAACAAAGUGACCAUUGCUCUGAUUUGAUGGAAAGUGUUGGUGACCUUGAAGAACGACUAGUUUCGCGAACCCGACGAAUGUCGUCCUGUCUGUGGAAAGAUGUUGAGAUGCCAGUUCUGACAAGCCACCGCAACAUGACCUUACUGCAUCUGGCUGCAGCACUUGGAUAUUCUAGACUUAUCGGAGCUCUCAUUCACUGGCGGGAAGAGAAUUCCUCUCCUAUCUUAGAUCUAGAAGUUGAUGCAGAAAGUAAAGAUGAAGUAGGCUUUACUCCUUUGAUGUGGUCAUGUUCUAGAGGGCAUACAGAGGCUGCUCUAGUUUUGUACCGCUGGAACUAUUCAACAUUAGAAAUGGUUAAUAUUUUCAAUCAAAGUGCUCUAGACCUUGCAAGAGCAUCUGGUUUUACAUCUCUAGUAGCAGAAAUAAACAAAUUAAAGAGUGAUCGUCAAAAGAAUCGUGCUGUGUCUCCUUCUAGUCAAUCAAAUGACAUGCUCUCAUUAUUGUUUCCUCCAUCUCCCUCUCCAUCGUCGGGUCUUUCUCCAUGCAGUUCAGUUGUGUCCCUACCAUCAUCAGCAGUUUCAUCAUCAGCCUCCACAUGUGUUUCUACCUCCAAUGUUGGGACGGACAUUUCACAAGACAGUUUACUUGAGGCAAGCCCCUGGACCUCCCUUCCAUCAUCAAGGUCACAUGAUGGAGUAUUUUUAAGACCAUUAGCAGCUAGAAAUCGAAGUGAUGUGCAAAAGAAUAAGAACUUGGAGCUCCAGGUCAACAUUCCACUUACAAAUUCUCCUAGUAGCUUAGACACUCCAUCACCAUCAGUGGAUCUUGAGCAAGCUGACAAUCGGCAAUCGCAAUCUCAAAAACGAGGAGCUCAUCACCUUAUUAAGAGACCAUCAGUUGAUAGUGGGAUUAACCUUGGUUCUGGACAAUCUACACAGUCAUCCUGCGACAGUCUCACAUCUCUUAGGUCCCUCAGAAACAAUCGUUAUGGCAGAGACAGUUCUCGAAUUUCAAGGUUUGACCGCAGCAUGUCCCUUCCUCUGAAUUCUCCUAAAUCUGCCAGUGAUGUCUUUGGUACCAAUGGAUGUAACUCACCUGCUCGAAGAGGAGAUUUUUCAUUGUGCGAAGUUACAUCUGGAGACCGGAGUGACAGUCCCCUAAUCGACAUUGAAGGCGUUUCGGAUGAAGAAUCGGAAAGCAGGGAAAGUGUUGUAGGGCAACAAGAAGUUCGAGUUCUAACUUUAGCCGAGCAAAUAAUAGCUGCUAUACCAGAGAGAAUAAAGAAUGGUAGUGAUGAUUCAAUGAUGAGUGAUGAUAGUUCCUCUCCGGGUGAUCUUAAGAAUGAGGUGCUUGAUGUAUUUAUGGAUUCGUCUCUUCUUGACGAGCCCCCUAGUUCGGCCUUUGAAUCCAAUGAAUUUAAUUUUGAAUUCAGUGAUCACAACUAUAGGUAUUAUGAUGUGAGCACUCCAAGCUCUAGUCUUAGCCCUUCAUCAUCAAGCUGUCUUCAAUCUCCUUGCUCCUUUGUACUGGAAUCAUCACCAUCCCCUCCUCCUACCACUGCAGACUUUUGUGAAUUUUUUCAAGCAUCAGGUUCUUUGUUUGAAAAAGACUUUUCCAAUCUGACCCUCUCAGAUCGCGAGCAAAGAGAGCUGUAUGAAGCUGCAAAAAUAAUUCAGAAAGCGUACCGGUCGUACAAGGGACGCAAAAUAGCUGAGGAACAAGAGAAGGAGCGUGCGGCUGCAAUUUUGAUCCAAAACUAUUAUCGACGUUAUAAACAGUAUGCAUACUUUAAACAAAUGACACAUGCUGCUACAGUAAUACAGAAUGGAUUCCGGUCUUAUCAAGAACACAAACGUUUCAAGAAAAGCCAAGAGGCUGCAGUUUGCAUUCAAAACUACUAUAGGAAUUAUCGUGAGCAUGGAGCACGGUCAUCUAGUCCAUCUAAUACAAGUUCUUGCUUUGAAAGUGCUCCAUCAUCUGGUCUCAAGAGGACAUAUUCUCAACGCCGUCAACAUCAAGCUGCCAGGAAGAUUCAACAGUUCAUGCGUCAAUCUAAAAACAAUGAGUGGGAUGUAUCAUCAGGUCAAGUGGUUGCAGACAGAACGAGCUUUGGCAGCCGCAAAAGAGAAGCAGUUGGACCUGUCAGUGUUCCUGGCUGCCCACCCAAGGUAGCAUUGUCUCGAAACUUUGUUGUCCUCCAACAUCGGUCAAAAUAACAAUUCAAAUGUGUAAAUAAGAUUCAGAUAUAUUCUCUUCUGAAGCGUGCUUAACAGUCUUGCAUUUAGUUGCAAAUGCUCUUCUGUAAAUUGCUUUUGUACCAUUUUGGGUGCGUACAAGUGCUUUGGCAGUUUCUCCUCAUAAAAACAUUGUAAAACAAACAAAGAUUAUGAUGACUGCAAUAUGCAAAGGUAGAAUUGUUAAAGUUUCUUUUCUAAAAAUCCCGAGUAUUUUAAAGAAUGACUAAGGUUUUCUUUUGAUUACAUCUUUAAAAAGUGUACUUUCAAUUCUUGAUGAUUGCUAGCUAUUGUUUGGUCUGUUGGAUGUGGUUGUGCCGGAUUUCCUCUGAUUGCACUUAUCUUUUGUCUUAUUUUCAAAUCAUGCGAGGAAGCCAGGGUAUUUUCUGAUGUCUCCCCUUACUUUAUGUCAGUGAUAUUUUUAUUCUUAUUUCUUGCAUCCAGAGUCCAUAUAGCCACAUGUGCCAUUUUAUGCAAUAAUUUUGUGCUAGAACAUGUUCAAUUAUGUCAUUAUUGAUUAAUUGAUUGAUCACUUGGUGCUUAUCGUAAUGUGUAAUUUAAAAAACGAAUUUAACCCAAAUACUGCACCUCAGGUUUUGUUAAAGAGAAAAUGUGGCAAUGAAAAUAUUUAAUUUUUUCUCCAAGUUUUGCCAUACACAUCUGUUAAUUUUGUUUGAGAAAUUUAUUGAAUAUGUUAUGAGCAUUCUCUGGUAUAGAGGCAGGCCCUCAAAUAUUCAUGUAGUUAUUUAUUUUACCCGGUUUCUUUCAUUCUUUUAAAAAGCCCGUUUCAAUUUGCUCACCUAUCCUUAUUUUAAUUCAUCCAUGAUAUAUGUAGUUUAAAUCUUACUCUUAUUGUCAUUAUUUUCUUUUCAUAUCUGAUCCAGUAUUAUCAAUUUUGAUUGACCUCUGCUCUAUCUGCCCUAUUUUACAUCCAUUUGUGGAGAAGGACCAGAGUUCACUUGUGUUGGUAUUGGUGUUCACACAAGAAAAUUAACUCUUGUGAAAAAUGGAGACAAGCACAGUUAUUUGUUGGACAAGGCAUGAUUUUACUGUUGAGCUUGAAUAUUUCGGUGGUCCUUGGCUGGCAGUAGGGAGAAGUGCUGGCCACAAAUGAGUUGUGCCUUAGUUCUUUUUGCCUGUAUUUCUUAUAUGAUAUUAUUUUGAAGUGUUCAGAUUUACUAAUAUUUUCACUGUGAUGGUUGUGUAACUUUGAUUUCUGUUAAAUACUGAACACUUCUAUACAGAAGCGGAGCUGUGAACAGUGCUAUGGAACUGCAGUAUGUACAUUUAAGUUUUACCAGAUAUUCUUUCCACAUAUAUAACGUUAGUACUUGAAAUGGGUAGUGACUCCAAUAUAAGUACAGUGGUAUGGUGCUAUCAUAUAAAGAUACAACAAUCUCCAUACUUUUGGUCUAGAUACUGAGAAGUAGGCAGCUAUCAUGAGUACUCUCUCGGCUGGAAAUAGACUUUAUGAAGGCUUUGUCACUCAUGACUUGAGUUGGGCCUAAUAUAUCUGUGAUUUGUCAGGAAAGACUAUGUAAAUAAUUUGUCAUGAAACUUUUCCUUUUGUGGAUUUGGUCUUUGAAUUAUUUAUUUUGUUGCAUUUAGAGGGAACUCCUCAGUUUGUCCCAUAUUUAUUUCGAAGGAUUACUUUUUGUUGGUUUGGAGACAGAGGUCAUCUAGAAGUUUUUGCUUUGUGCUCUCUUUCUUUUCUCUUUCCCUUUCUCUCUCUCUCUCUAUCUCUUAAUUUCAAUGUUGAGGUGACUGGGAAUAAUUCUCAGUUGUGAGUAUGCCCAAACAAAAUGUAACAUACCCUUCAAAACAUUUGUAGUUUUGAAUUAGAAUAUAAAUAUGGUUUUUGAUUUGUAUCUAGUCACACACUUGUACGUCUAAUGAGGUACAUAUGUGGAACUAUAUACAUAACUUGAAACUCCAAGAGAAAUAUAGUCACAUAAACUUAAAUUCAUCAUUAUCUUCCUGCCUAUUUAUCUUGCAUUCUUAAUCCUUGACUUCAUACUUUAUCUUUUUCAUCAAUACAUUAUACAACCAGAAUACUAGGUAUGAUUAUUUUUUAGUUUUGCUUUGUAAAGUGUUCGUAAAUUCUUCUGUUGUUGUUUUUUUGUGUGUGGUUUUAAAAAAAAUUUAAAACUUGUUUUACUGUAGGCCAUAAGGAAAAUCAAAUAUUUGACAAUCAAUGAGAUCCUCAUACAGUACAGUAUGCUUUGGCAAAGUUAUCAGAAUUUUUUUCCAACCAUGAGAGGAGCAAGGAUAACUUGCAGAUUUGCUUCCAAUUCUUAAAGAGAGUUUUUGUUUGGCAUGAUUACCUAUGAUUCUUAUCCAUUACUUACUCUUUACUUAACUGUUUCAUAAUCCUCUUCCUCUUGGUGAUUUUCACUCUUUUCUUAGUUUAUAUGACAGUAGUAGAGAAUCAAAGUAUAAAAAGCCAAUUAACAUGAUUUAACAAAGAUGGAAGAUGUAUGAAAGUGAUGGGGUGAAUGUCAUAGGAAAGAGAAUUUUCUUUUUCCAAUAAUUAUUAGUAGAAUAUCAUGUUUUCUUUGUUACACUGUAGCUGUUCCAUUUCUUGUUGGAAACUUCCUCUGCUUGACACCAGUCUUUCAAGUCAUCAAAUUUGUUUUUAUUUCCUUAAAACUAAUUCAUUCAAAAACAAUCUAGUCACACUAUUAGGAUUUCUUAUUAAGAUUUCUAAACUCAGUUAUUAUAAAGUAAAUAUAAAAUUUGCAUAACCCAUUAUUGUAAUUGUUUAGGGAAGAUUUAAGAGGAGGUUCAAAUUUUAUUUGUCUCUGACACAAACUCCGUAGGGUUUUUAUUGAAGAAGUAAUUUUCAAUGGCUUUGGUAGGUCAGUAUUUUACCUGGUUCUUACCCUCAAUAUUGCUCAGAUAUGUGGAGGUGGAAGAACAAGUAUUGUGCUGGGUAUGGUGCAAGUUAGUUGCCACCUUCAGCUCAUGAACUUUGUAUCCAACAAUAUAAUUAUAACCACAUUAUUGCGCCUCAUCCUCAGACAAGCUUGAGAUAAGCCGAUCACUGUCCUCUAGAUCUUUGAGAUGCCUUGUAGGGGCCUCAAGACGCCUUUGAAGCAGGAGACUAAUUUCAUAAAAAUCAGAGCCCUGGUAAAAUAAUGUUCUAUGUGACCAGGUUUUUUUAAUUGUAGAAACACCACCUGUCAACUAUCAAUGACAUGCGAUUUUGAUACUCCGCGCUCUAUGUAAUUCUGUUCCAUUCUACUUUACCUCAUGGUUCCUGCCUUUAAUUUUUUUCCAACCCACUAAAACGCCACGUAGUGACCUGCAUAUUUGUUUCCUUUGCAAGGGGAAAAAAUGUCUUGUACAAGAGAUUUUAGAUCAGUCGACUCUGACUGGCCUGGGCUCCUUGCCAGAGCUGAGUCAAACUACUUCCACCAUACCAGCACAAGUAAAGAAUGACACUUCUUCUUUAUCAAACAUGUUUGAUACACCUGACUCUACUUUAUUGGAAAAUGCAAUCUUUCCUGUAGUGCAAUUGUCAUUUGACUGCUUCAAGUCCUCUUCAACAAACCUUUUCACUGAAAAAAAAAAGUAUCUUCCAUCCCAGGCCAAACUGGUAAUUUAAUUCCUUUUUUCUCAUUCGCUUAAAAGAAAAUUUAAUCUCUUUCAAUUAGCAGAAUUGACAUCAUUUUUGUACCGUCUCAUUCCUCUUUUAAAGCGCUGCUUCUUUUGAAUGUAGGCUCCUUUGUCAUUUAUACUGUGAUUGCUUCUCUACUAUUUUGUAUUACCUAAUUAUCUAAUCACCAGCCAGCAUAUUUACCUAAUACAAUUUUGGUGGUGCCUACGUUUCUCUUCUAUAAUUGCACUAUAGUAGCUCUCAGCAACUUCUCUUUUAAUGUAAGAACAUUCUUUGUAAAUACUUGAUUCUGAAAAAACAUAUCUGCUUAGAUAGAGAACUAUUCAGUUCCUUGGCACGAAGCGGCUUAUUUUGAGUCUCUCUCAGCUGCUGUUGAAAUCGGAAUGUUUUGCAUACAAUGUAUGACAAGGUAUUUCAAAGAAAUAGUUGGAAUGGGUUCAUCCGGGUUCAUCCGGGUCAGAGCAGGAAAAAUCUCAGGCGCAACAAUACAAAAGAUUAUAUUUUUCUACAUGGUGAAGACAGGCAACAUGACUCCGUAGACAAGCAGCUAAAAUCAUUUAAAUUCAAAGCAAGCCUACUUUUACUCUUUUUUAAACCUCUAGGGUCAGGUGAAAUAGCUAAAGUAGUCCCAACCAUGUUUUUGUUAAUUGAGCAGUGUAAAUUACUUUCAAAAGAUUGUUAUAGUCUUGUUUCUAAUAAUUUUGACUUUAGCGCAAAACCGUUGUGUAAAAUUUUAAAGAUCCACUUUAUAUGUACCCUCUUUUUGAAAAAUUGCUCAUUUUUUGAAGCAAGUGCCUUUCUGUCACAUCCAGAUUUGUGAUGUUGUUGAAAGGCUGUGCAAUAAUUGUCUCUUUUCCCAAUCUCUCUAUUCUUACACGAUUGUAAACAAACAUUGUUUAGACUGCCAUGAGCUUCAUUUUCAAGGGGUAAGUUCAUGUUCACAUUUGCUCUCCAAAACUAUGCUGUGAAAUUUUUUGCAUUAGAGAUGACUCAAAUGACCUAUAUUAUUUAGGCAAUUGUGCGUUGCAAAUGAACAAUUUUUUUUAAUUUAUAUUUAUCGGAGGGGAGGGUGGGAUAAGUGGGAAAACUUAAUACUUUUGUACUGUAGACAUCUAUAGUUUCCUUCUUUUUCUCCCAAAUGAACCAUUAAUGCACAUCUGUGUUUGGAAUCCAUAACACCAAUUAUAAUUUAGGAAAAGUAAUGAGUUUUUUGUAAUAAUACCUAGGUAGCCAAUCGCUGUUGGUAUAUUAUGCCAAUGUUGAUAAUCCCAUUUUGUGUGAACCUUUCUUGUUCCAGGCUAGACACUAUUCUGUAUAGUAUAGUUCAAUCUGCUUCAUGAAAGGGCUGUAUCUCAUGUUUUGUUAGAUUUUCCUUUAAUUUGUUGAGAGGUUCAUCAGAAUUAUUGUUUGUAUAUCAGGUGAUUUGAUCUCCAUAAUCCAUUUGUACUUAAAUGCUGGCACUGCUAAAAUAGUUCAGGGUACUGCUUCUUUUGACAAAGCUGUACUUCUAAAUGUAUAGCUAUGUUCAAAAUAUUUAUUUAAGAAACAAAUUUAAUCUUUUAACUAGCAAUUUGUUCACUAUGUAAAUUCAUCGUCCUUAUAUUUAAUAAGGUAGUUAUCUGAUGGCUACGGAGUUGUACUUAGGGUUUAUAUUUCUGUGGGAUUUAUGGUGGUUUCUUAAAAUGGUCAGUUAAUGUGUAAAGAUUUCCAUGUACCUGUGUUCUGACAUAAUAUUUCUUCGUGGUAUGGCAGCUUAAAAUGACUCAAUAUUAUGCCAGUCAUAGGCAUCCAUUCACAUUUCAUGGCUUUGAUUAAAAUCUUUGCUAUUUCAAUCCAUUGCAAUUUCAAACUGUUUGCAUUCUACUGUAGUCUAUCUAUAAAUUUGGAUAUCUAUCUCUUAACAGAAAUCUAGGAUUUUUCCAAAUUCAAGCAUCAAGGUACUCCAGGGUGUGUUGAUGCAUUUUUGAUUCCAUCAAUUGCGUUUACAUUUGCCACACUGUGCUCAAAUCUAAUUAAUCGAGAUUUUAGAUUGUUCCCUUUAUUUCAUAUAGAAAAUGUAAAUUUCAUCUGCUCUCAAAUUUGUGAUUAAAACCUUUUUGAAAAGGAAGAUUGGUGUGGAAAUGAUCCGAGAUGAUUAGAAUUGUGGAAAUGGAAAAACUCCAUCCUUGUACAUAUAAUUGUUGAAUAUUGAAAAUUUUAUUCUUUAAAGCAGUUAAUUAAAUUUUUCUUACUGACUAGAAUAAAUAUGCAAGAUUUAUACUUACGCCUCUUAAAAUAAAAAUUACUCUUUGUUAGUGCUAAUAAGUAUUGAGGCAAGAUUUUUAUCUUUAGUUAACUGUAAGUCUAAAACACAAUGAUGCAAUGAAAACUUGAAAAGUUAAUUUGCUAAUCUCAAAAAAAUGUGCUUCUGAACGUCAACUUUGCUGUGGGGUGACCUCUUUGUUAGAGAGAAAACUGUGCUUUCUCCUGCAAAGGUUCUAUUUGUUUGUAUUCACCUUCUACAGACGUAUUUUGCCCGUUUGAAACCAAUUUUUUUAUUAAUUUCUACUGUGACAUGUCAGAAAAUGUGGAUAUGUACUUAAAUAAAGAGGAAAAAGAGUCUAUUUCUGGUCUAGUAAGCUAAGAUCUUAAAUUUGACUCUCCUUUUGUGCCAACAGAAGUUACUGUGCUCUAAAUUUCCAAUUGCACUUCUGUUCUGUUGAAGGAAUGGCUUUUGUAAGAAGUUCACCUCAGCUAUCUCUUGAAUUUAGCAAUAAACACAAUUUCUGUGCUCUUUUGCUGGCUGUGGAACACCAUAGUGCUACUUUGUAUGAUUUUCAAAAUGAAAGUUCAUAGCUGAGUACCCAUUUUGUACUCACAAACAUCUAAUAUUAAUGAAAAUGUGGUGCUGAGGCAUGCUUGAAUUAAAUCUAAACUUAUUUUUGUUGCUCAGAUCACAGUUGUUUAGCUUUGUUAGAUUAUGUUGUUGAAAUGUAAGAAAUUUAUAUUUUAAAGAAGAAGUUCUGGAAUGACUUUUAUAAUUAAGUUGCACAUAUUUUUUUCUAUUGUGUAUCGUUAACCUGAAAUUUGAGUGAGCUGUUCUGUACAUAUGCAUGUAUUGCUGGCAAUCAACUCAUGCGUGAAGACAAUGUGAUUUAGUUACAAGGUAAUGUGCUGCCACCUAUUUUAUUUCAUACUGCUUGGUGAUAGUGUGAAAAGUAAAAAUAAUGAAGCUCUUUGUCAAUAUGUGUUUCAUUAAAUGUCCAUUGUGUCAAGGUUAAGUGCUUAAUUUGGCAGCACUUAUUAGUUUCUACCUUAAGCUGCUGUACAAAAAAAUUUCAGUUUAAUUUUAAACAUUAUGCUUAUCAGUAUUUCUCUUGUCAUCCAUGAAAGUACACAUGGUAGAAUGUAAGCUAGUCAAUUUUAUAAAUUUGUGAUUUUGUGACAAAAACAUAUGUAUAUUGUCGUACUAUAUUAUCAAGUUUUUAAACCUUCCUAUCACGAACAUGUAUUGUAGAUUCUUUGGGCUGUUGAAAUAAAAAUAUAUCUUAUUUCUUCGAA